GCCGCGCGCGGUAGUUCGCUCGUUGCGCCCGCCGCUGCUGGACGUGUGUUACGGGUCGUUGGAGAGUGCGCGCGUGCGACCGACCGCGUGGAUACGUGCUGCUGUGUUAUUGUGUGCAGUGUGUGCUGUGUUUUUACUUAUAAGUGUGAAGACGAUGACCGUCUGUGUUUGACGUGGGGAUGUAUCCGAACGCGGGCGCGAUGAACGCCGCCGCCGCCGCUGCUGCCGUGGCGGCCGCCAGGCAUCCGGGUCCACCGCAACCUGGGCAACCGAUCAAGUUCACCGUGGGUGAAUCCUGCGACCGGAUCAAGGAGGAAUUUAAUUUUUUACAAGCCCAAUAUCACAAUUUAAAAUUAGAAUGCGAAAAGUUGGCUAGUGAAAAAAUUGAAAUACAGAGGCAUUAUGUUAUGUAUUAUGAAAUGUCGUACGGACUCAAUGUGGAAAUGCACAAGCAGACGGAAAUAGCAAAAAGGUUAAAUGCGAUAAUAGCGCAGAUUUUACCGUUCCUGUCUCAAGAGCACCAGCAGCAGGUGGCGUCGGCCGUCGAGAGGGCGAAGCAGGUCACCAUGACUGAACUCAACGCCAUCAUCGGGCAACAGAGGCCCGACCUGCCGCGGCUUCUGCAGCAGAUGCAUGCGGCUCACCUGCCCGCGCACGGCGCGCCGCCGCUGCCGCUGCUGGGCCAGGGCGCGCUCCCUCCCGCGGGCCUGCUGGGCCUCGGCGUGCCCCAUCAUCCUCUGUCAGUACUAGCCAAGCCACCUGACCUCCACCGACCUGACGAUAAAGGAAACGUUUAUUUUGUUUCAGGUAUCAGUUCAGCGGAAGAGCGACAUAGAAAUUCCAUAUCACCCGGCGAGAGGGAAAAGUAUAGGACGCGGAGUCCCGCAGAGCCAGACCACAAGAAAUUAAAGAAAGAAGAAAAGGAUAUGGGCCAUGAAUUAGUGGUAGAUGACGCGAGUGAGGAGCCAACAUCGCCACACAACGGUGCGCCCUCACCACGAGAAAAUGGACUCGACAAAUUGCAGCCCAAGAAGGAGCACCCGCCCCACAGCCCUAGAUCUGGCACAUCAAGCAACGCGUCAACGCCAUCGGCAAAGAAACUGGACGAGAAGCCGAGCACGCCAAUCUCGAAGCCGGUGACGCCGACGUCGGGCGCGAGCGGAGCGGGCUCGGCGGGCGCGCCGCUCAAGGCAGCGGUGAAGCCGCCGGCGCUGCAGUACCCGUACCUAGGGAACGGCGCGCACGACGCGUACGGCCUGGCGGGGUACUCCGCGCGGGCGGCGCUCGCGUAUGAGCCGCUGCGCCCGCCUAUUGGGCCGGCGUCACUAGCACCCAUACCGGGUGGCAAGCCUGCGUAUUCAUUCCACGUGUCGGCGGAGGGCCAGAUGCAGCCGGUGCCCUUUCCGCCAGACGCGCUGAUGGGUCCCGGCAUUCCCCGUCACGCGCGUCAAGUGUCUGCCCUGGCGCACGGCGAGGUCGUUUGCGCCGUCACUGUCUCCUCGCCCACAAAGUACGUGUACACCGGCGGCAAGGGCUGCGUCAAGGUGUGGGACAUCAGCCAGCCGAGCAAGGCGCCCGUCAGUCAGCUCGACUGUUUGCAAAGAGACAACUACAUACGAUCGGUUAAGUUGCUGCCGGACGGGCGCACGCUGAUCGUGGGCGGCGAGGCGUCCAACCUGUCCAUCUGGGACCUGGCGUCGCCCACGCCGCGCAUCAAGGCGGAGCUCACCUCCUCCGCGCCCGCCUGCUAUGCACUCGCUAUUAGUCCAGAUUCUAAGGUGUGCUUCAGUUGUUGUUCUGACGGUAACAUCGCCGUGUGGGACUUGCACAAUCAGACUCUGGUGCGGCAGUUCCAGGGACACACAGACGGCGCGUCCUGUAUAGACAUUUCCGCCGACGGCACCAAGCUUUGGACCGGGGGACUCGACAAUACUGUGCGAUCUUGGGACUUGAGGGAAGGCAGACAAUUGCAACAGCAUGACUUCAGUUCCCAGAUAUUCUCAUUAGGAUAUUGUCCAACAGGCGAAUGGCUAGCAGUGGGCAUGGAGAACAGUAACGUGGAGGUGCUGCACGCGGUGAAGCCGGACAAGUACCAGCUGCACCUGCACGAGUCGUGCGUGCUGUCGCUGCGGUUCGCGUCGUGCGGCAAGUGGUUCGUGUCCACCGGCAAGGACAACCUGCUCAACGCCUGGCGCACGCCUUAUGGCGCCAGUAUAUUCCAGUCAAAAGAAUCAUCAUCGGUGCUCAGCUGCGAUAUAUCAUCGGAUGACAAAUACAUAGUGACAGGCUCCGGCGACAAGAAGGCCACAGUCUACGAGGUGAUUUACUAGUGACACAAAUACGGACAAACAAGCGAACAAACAAACAAGAUCAAGUGACUGUGUGUUAGUGAUUGACGAACGUUCAGGGAACGUAGAGUGGCGAUCGGUGAUAUACUUAGCUUUAGUGAAUGUAUAGAUGAUAAUCGGGAAGCCUGUAUGUACUUAUGCGUCAUGUUUAUAUAGAUUAGUGUGCGCGAUUUAUGUUUAUUUGUUGAGCGCCCGUAGUGUAUGUUGGCAGCAGAUCUCAAAAUGAUGAUUUCGUUUCAAUAUUGUUGUAAAAUGCUCGUAUUAAAGAAAAGAUAUGCGCAACAUG